UGGAAAGCUCCAAGGGGAAUACCCGCAAAAGUUACUGGGAAGAAGAUGGGAGUUUUGCCUUGGAGAAGACUUUUACAUUCAGCCGUGUGUCCCAAGCCUGAUGGUGUUGUUUGUUGCUGUAAUGUGCCGUUUCCAGUGUGCCAAAACACAACGCAACAUGUUAGAAAAGGAAGUGAAUCCUGAACCUGAGGUAAUUUAUGGAGGAGAAACCUAAAGUAGGCAGAAUGUGAUACCCACCUUGGAAAUCUGUGGGAUUAGCACCUUUCUCACCAGGAGAGGUGCCACCAGGCAGUCCUUCAGCUUUGCAUCUGACGGAGUAGGCAUUGCUCCAGCAGUGUAGUAUUUCCUCAUCACGGUAUUGACAAGUGAUAUAUUUCUAGUUAGAAGAAAACCUGCUUUUCGAAUACCUGAUGGUGUUCUCAGUAUCUGUGUUUUCCUUCCCAAGUGAACUUUCAUGGGCUUAGCCCUACUUAACUUAGCACAUCUGACAAGACCAAGGCCCAAGAUGGCCUGGCUGAGGAUCAUGGAAACACAAGAAGGUGGCCAGGGGAUUUAUUUACAGUCAAGAAAUUAGCAAGUUAUAAGUAACCACUGAAUAGCCAGCUUCUGUGGUCCAAACAGCAUCACUUGGGAGAGUAACAUAGCAGCUACUGAAGAGCACUGAUUUAUUUGAUAACACCAGGAAACCAUUUAUGGACUCUAUCAUGGACUCCAAUCACUGGGGUUUAAAUCUGCUAGACCAGAUAGAUUGAUGUGUGGGCCUGCUGUUGUGCUUGCUACUGCUUAAUAUAAAAUAAGGAUGUCCCUUGAAAUACCAAAGGGGCAAAUGAAGCCAGUACAUUAUUGGCUUGGGUUUUUGUUAUAUUUUCCUUCACCACAUAUUUCCUUCUUAAAGUCUUGCUCUCUUCCCUGCUGUUUUGACAGCAUUAAUUAAAUGAGGACCUUUGGAUAAUGGCUUCUUAAUAGAGCUGAACAGGGCUUUGAUCACCAUGUUUCUUGUUACAAAACACAGCAUAGAGAAACCAUCCUCAUGCAGAGACUAUCUUGCUGCUGGCAGACUCCAGCGGAGCAUGGUUGAAGCUGUAAUGAGAAAUAUGGCUUAAAAAUUGAUGGGGCUUGGUUUCACAGCCUCUCCUCUUUGUUUGUUUUUUUCCUGUGAAAGAUGCAUUUGAUUUGAUACCCACUGCAAGAAUACUUGAAAUGGUAAGAGGAAGUCUUCCUGGUGCAAUGAGCAGCCCAAGCUGUGGUGUACUGAUACUGCACUGUGGUGGAAAAACUACCUGUCCUGAUACUCUGCUUUUACAAAGCAGCCAUGAGCACAGCGGAGAUUUGGCUUUCUGCAUUGAUACACAGAUUUAGAAGCCAAUGAAAUAUUCUGAACAAAGAAGGAGGUACUUCUUAGGUGGAACGGAUACUUAAUGAAGAAAUGGCCUUCAGGUAAUCUAUGGUUGCAUCAGUUCUAAAUCUUUGUAGUUGCUUAUUCUGUAACACAGUGGUAAAAAGUGGGAAAAGGAUGAACCUGAGCUGAGCUGUCAGCCAAGAUCUCUUGACUGAAAAUAACAUCCAUGACAGAGGCAGACCACUCAAGAAACAGGGUACUGGCAUUGCCUCUGGGCAUAGUGUACGGGAGCAGACCAUGGAUGUGCUGUGGGAAAUUCCAUGGGGAAAUGCUGCCUGGGGGACCACUCAGGUUGGUUCAAAGGGCCAGUUCCCAUCCCCACAUGGACUCCUGUCCCAAGCACAAGGUGUGUGUUUUACUGACUGUUCACCCUUUUUCCACCUUGGAGGAUUUUACCUUAACCAGGGCCUGAUGUUGGCUGCAUCACACCAAAACCGCCUGCAACAUUAGAAUCAUAGAAUAGUAGUGAAGAGCCUGCAUUCCUUUUUAAGAUAUCCAAGGCAUUAUGGACACAAAGACCUUGUGCUGAUUCUUCCCACGGUUCAGGAUUUCAGCUGCACACCUCCCAGGUACCAUUAAUGUCAUUCCACCCUCCCUUAGCAGUCCAAGUGCGGAUGAGGCACUCUAAGGCUUAGUGCUCCAGGAAUCCUCUAGAAAAUGGCCAUCCCCUGCCUUACUCGAUGGGGGACUCACCAGCUGCACUGAAAUGUCAGAAGGGUUUGCACAGCUGACAGGUUGCUGAAAAUGGAGCAUCGCCAUAAAUUCCUUUCAUCCAGCCAAGUGCAGCUUAAUAUAGACUUAGCUGCACGGUCUGUCUCCCACACAGAGACUGAGAGCUGCCACAGCUCAUGACCAAAGCAUGAAGUUGUUGAUUUAACCAAAUGAACUACUGCUAGUGAGGUGGGGAAAUAAAAUAUUCCUUUAAAAUUGGUCUUUCUCUUCAGGUUUGACAAGUAACAGAGGAAGGAGAGAAGGAACAUGUCUGCACUCAGGCAAAACUCUGAUGAUGAACAAGUGUGCACUGAGGACAUUGAUGAAGAUGAAAUCCUGGCAAACCUAUCACCCGAGGAGCUAAAGGAGCUGCAGUGUGAGAUGGAAGUUAUGGCCCCAGACCCCAAAGUCCCAACUGGGAUGAUACAGAGGGAUCAGACGGAGAAACCGCCAACGGGAAGCUUUGACCACAGGUCCCUGGUUGAUUACCUGUACUGGCAGAAGGCAUCCAGACGCAUGCUUGAGGAUGAGAGAGUUCUCGUCACCCUCUUGCCCUCCGAGAGAGGCGCUGCAGAAGAGGUGGAAGGAGAGGACGGAGGCGGCAGCAGGAGGGUGCCAGGAGCAGAGGGACAAGAGAGACAUUACAAAAACGAGCACUUGUCCAACUCAGGAACACAAUCUGGGGAGACAAAGAGGGAUGGGAGUGAUGUGGAGAGAGAGAAGGAGGAGGAGGAAGGUGAGGAUGAAGAAGAGGAAGAUGAUGAUGAAGAGGAGGAGGAGGAAGAGGAUGAAGAGGAAGGUAAGACCGAAGUGGAAACAAAGGAGACUCACACCAGUGAGAACAGUCACAGUAAUCAGAUAAGUAAUAAACCAGGUACAGAAUCAGCAGAAGCCACAGAAAAGCCAAGUGAAAAGAAGAUAUCAAAAUUAAACAUCCCCCAAAAAUUAGCGCUGGAUACCAGCUUCAUGAAGAUAAGUGCCAGGCCUUCAGGAAACCAAACCAAUUUAGAAGAUAGUCUGGAGAAAGUCCGAAAAAACAACCCAGACAUGAAAGAGCUCAACCUGAACAACAUAGAAAACAUCCCCAAAGAAAUGCUGAUAGACUUUGUCAAUGCCAUGAAAAAGAAUAAGAACAUAAAAACAUUCAGCUUGGCCAACGUGGGGGCCGAUGACAAUGUGGCUUUUGCACUGGCGAACAUGCUGCGGGAGAACAGGAGCAUCACCACGCUGAACAUCGAUUCCAACUUCAUCUCUGGCAAAGGGAUCGUUGCCAUCAUGAGGUGCCUGCAGUACAACGAGACGCUGACGGAACUCCGCUUUCACAACCAGAGGAGCAUGCUGGGCCACCAGGCAGAAAUGGAGAUCGCCAGGCUGCUGAAAGCCAACACCACCCUCCUCAAAAUGGGGUAUCACUUUGAGCUGCCAGGGCCCAGGAUGGUGGUGACCAACCUGCUCAGCAGAAACCUGGACAAGCAGAGGCAAAAGAGGCAAGAAGAGCAAAGGCAGCAGCAAAUGAAAGAGCAGAGAGAGUUGAUAGCGAUGCUGGAAAAUGGACUUGGGUUGCCUCCGGGGAUGUGGGAGAUGCUGGGGGGACCGCUGCCCCAGCUGAGGAUGCAAGAACCCCCACAAGCCCCGAAACCAGCCGACCCCAUGGCUAUGUCUCUGAACAAAAGGCAGGAGAGCACAAGGCAGCCAGCCCCAGAGCAGCCAUGCAGGGAGAAGCCCGUUGAAUUCAGAGUGGUCAAGCUGAAGAAGAUUCAGCGCAAACCUGCUGUGCCGGACUAUGUGGAACCCACCGAGAAAACCAACCUCAAAGACGUCAUCAAGACACUUAAACCAGUCCCCAGGAGAAGGCCACCUCCCCUGGUUGAAAUAACCCCAAGAGAUCAGCUACUAAACGACAUUCGUCAGAGCAACGUCGCUUAUCUUAAACCGGUGCCUCUGCCAAAGCAGCUGGAGUGAGAGACCAGACUGCCCCGAAGAAAACAAACUGGAAUAAAGACUAUUCAAGUUUUGCUUACAAGUCUUUCAGCAGAUGUUUUCUGCAGAACCCAGGUGGUAUAUACAACUUUGGGAACAAAGCUUGUGAUACGUAACUUUCUAAGUGUGGUGAAAAUGGCUGGCAUGGGAAAAGUCAGUGCUAAGCAUUUCCAUCAGGUAUCAAACAGUCCCAGUGCCAUCUGUCUCCCAAGUGGAUAUGAGGCUCCAGUUUGUUGUGGGAGUAUUUUCUCAGAGGCAUCAGUAACCUUGUCUUUCUAGAUUGUCAGCAAACUGUUUUGCUUCCACAUUGUCCUUCUGCUGCCAGAUUCUGCAGGAAAUGCUGUGUGCUUCAUCUUAUCUUUCUUUUCACACACAUGCUCCUUUAUUAUCCUCUUGUCCAUGAGAAAUGUUAUUUGGUUUCCAUGUAUACAGCUCCAUUUUUUAGUUAAGGAAACAGGAUUGAAAUAAAGCUCUCUGUAAGA